AUUUAUAAGAGGAUGAAAUGAUAAAAGAUAUUUUAAUUAUAAAUAAGACUUUAGUGAGUCUUGAGUUAGCUAAUAAAGAAGAUUUGGAAAAUUUUAUUAAGAUUUUUACCGUAUUCGAGAAGCAUAAAGCAGCUAGCACGCUUUUUACAGAUGAGGUCAAAAUAGAAUAUGUGCAACACAACGCAAUGGAAGUUGUUAAGCUACUUAAGGAUACAAAUUUUACAUAUAGUGAUAUUGAAAACAUAUUAAAUCACUUGAGCAAGCAUGGAAUUAAAGUAACCAAUAAUAUCAUAGCACACACGCUUAUAGCUGCAUAUGAUACUGCUCUUGAUUCUAGAGAUAUAGCUUUUUCACUUUUUGAAAACUCUCCACAAUUUAAUAUUAAAGUGAGUAAAAACACAUUUAUAAUCACACCUAUGAGUGAAUCACACCUAGAGUUGAAUUCAAAAAAUAGCACGGAAUUCAUAAAGUUAUUAAAGGAUGAAAAAAGUAUGUAUGAUUGUGUAGUAAAGGAAAACAAUAUUGAGGUUAUAGUACACUCUGAAAUACACCAAACUAUCAAUUCGAUUGUAGAAUCAUUAAUAAAGUCUAAUCUGUUAGCGAAAGUAGAAGAAGAGAAACUCAAGGCAAGAUUGAGACAGCUUGCCUUUAAAGAUCAAGCUUUUGUUGAAUACUCUAGUAUCAAGACUAUCAAUAAGUAUCCACACGGGCAUCCCCUCAGGAAACACGAAAACGUUAUUAAGGGUAUAGAAAAUAUUUUAUAUGAUUUUAUAGAAAAUGAAGACAGUAAAUUUGCUGUAGAACGAUUAAAUAGACUGCAGAUUGCUCCGGACACUCCAAGAAUUAUCACAAAAACUAUAGAUAAACUUGUGAAGUUUCACUAGAUAAAAAGGAGGACUAUAUAAAAAUAU